UUCAAAAUGGCGUCUUAUGACGUCACUAUUUGCAUUUCUUGAGAAACGCGUGGAAAUUUUCGAACAAAAUCUCCCUCCUGGAACACUUAUGCGUUUUAUCCAUGCUUCAUCUUGCUAGGGCUUGGCGAUCGGAUCGCAAAAUGACACUUUUUUGGAUCGAAAAUUGCUUCUCCUGGCGAAGCGUUGCUCUUUGCAGUACCGACCACGACAGUCCGUAAUUGUCGAAAACAACUUCCAAUUUUUCUUUCAUAUUUGCUGGAACGAUAUUCCCUAAGCCGAUUAAAACCGACAAAUUCGCAACUGGGGAUGAAAAUGAUGUCGUAACUCGCGCCGACUUUCCCUGAAAACAACGCCUUUCUAUGUUCGGAACUGAAAUUUUCAGAGCAAGUACUACUUAUAUCUUUACGAGGAGCGCGAGAGCUUCUGGGAUUUCAACAAACCAUUGCAUCUUGGGAUGUCUUUGAACAUUCACGGGUCCUUCACGAGAAUCACCGUCAAAACGUUAUGUGGCAGUUGAAAUUUGUUGUAAUAGUGGUAUCAGGGCUCCUAGGCCUUUUGAUCGGAUGCAUUGCCCUGUACAGGAAGUCGAAAAGUUUCCGGUUCCGCACAAAGUAUUUUAGCUUCAAUUGUUUGAUGAUGUUCUUCGCAAUGUGUUGCAGCUUUGUGGGAGCGUUUCAUCCAUUUGAUGUAGGGAACUUUCAUCGUUGUUCCGGUGUUGUGUACAGAUCCCUGGUUAGACUGUUCAGAAUACGUUCCGAAAUUCAAGGAAUGGAGAUUUUUAACACUCUCAAAGGAAAGAAUUUCAUUAUUGUAGCAAAUCAUCAGAGUUCUUUGGAUAUGUUUGUCAUACUGCAGGCGACACCACAUAGAACGACAUUCUUGGCGAAAAAGGAAUUGCUGUUCGCACCUGUAUUUGGCUUUGCAGCGUGGCUUUUUGGAAUCGUGUUUAUCAAUAGAGGGCAUUCUAAGAGCGCCAGGAAUGUAAUGGAUAAAACGGCGAAAUGGAUCUGCGAUCAAAAGAUAAAUCUUUGGAUUUUUCCUGAGGGAACCAGAAGCCAAACAGGAACACUUCUUCCCUUUAAGAGAGGAGCAUUUCACUUAGCCCAGCAAGCUCAGCUCCCUAUUGUGCCAAUUGUUAUCUAUGAUUAUUCUUCAAUUUUUAACAAGAAGAACAAGUUAUUUGAAUAUGGAACCAUGAAAGCGAGAGUAUUGUCCCCCAUACCAACUGAGGGUGUCACAGCUGAUGGUGUUCCAGAACUUACAGAAACUGUGCGCCAACAAAUGAUCAAAGUUUUCCAGGAAGGUGAUCCUUCAAAAAGUCUCAAGGAUACAGUUUCAACUGUGGACAAAAAGAUUAAGUGAUACUGCCAUCAAAGUAGACUUAACAAAAUGUUAAAAAAUGAUACCUUGUUUUAUCAGUUGAAAGUAUUUAAUUAAUAUUAUUAUUUUCCUGUAAUUAUUGAAUUGCACAAUUUGUACAGAAAUAAGUUUGAUCAAAAAGGGCAAAAAUCAAGUUUACUUAUUUCUUUUUAAGAAUAUAUACAUCUAAAGCUUUUAUUAUCUUAUUAGCCAAGUGUGAGAGCCAACCUUGAAAAAUAUACAGUGAAAACCCCUUAUUCCAGUCACCAACAAGCCCCAAAAAUCUGGCCAUGUGAAAGGGGUUUUUUAGAUAAGAAAAAGAGUCUCUGAGCUUUGUUCAGCCCAGAAUAAAGUGGCCGUAAUAAUGAGGUGGCCUUAUUAAUGGGUGGCUGUAAGGUGGGGUUCCACUGUAUUCCCAAGGUCUUGGCAGAAUUGUCAAUACUGAUGAAGCUGAUAUUCUCCCAGUGCAGUAUUUGAAUCAAAAUUUUCAGAAAUAAUCCCAUGAUCCAAGACAGGAAACUAAGACACUGUGAACAGCAAUGGUUUUUUUGUUUGCUUGUUUUUUGAAAGAAAACCUGCAAAAACAAAGUUUGGAGAGAAAGAAAAGGAAAGGGAUUUUUUACAUGACGGUUAAUAUUCAGAACAGUGCCAGGUCCAAUAGUUGGACAAUAUAGGACCAACAGAGUAGAAGAGCAACCUGAUUUGUUGAUUUUGAUCAUUGGUUCUCUAAACUUAGUCGUGUAAUUACUGUUGUUGUGGGAAGUUAAUCCCUAUUAAGCCCCAGGGUAAACGUGCAAUUUUUCCUCACUGAAUUCUAACAUUUGUUUAAAAUUUCUUUUAAUGGAAGAAAAGUUUGAUUCAGGUUUUGGGGGCUUUCUAAGUAGUGAAUCUGGUAACAUAUAAGAAUUAUGUUUGGAAAUCAAUAUUUUGAUCAGAAUGAGUUAUAAAAUGUAUUAUAAGGUUAAUGAAUUAACACUCGUUCUUAUAAGCCUGGAAAACCUGUGACAUAAUAGCCGAUCGCAGUUACUAGCAUUCGGCAAUCUGUUCCAGUCAAGCCUCCAGUGCACCUGUAAUGGGUCACCAAGGUACUCAAAUAGGUGUGCAAACGAUUAAUUAAGAAUGCAAGGAACUGUGGGAAAAUCAAGCUGGUACGUCAUAAAUUUUAUAUCUGUCCACUGUUGAUUCUGCUCUCAUAAGACAUUUUGAUCAUGGCCAACCCCGGGGGACAACCACCAGCAUGCUGACGAAGUCAAACCCAACUUCACUUUGUAGGCAUACCAGCUGUCAGUACCCGAGGUCUACAGAUUGCGAUGCCAGUGAUAAAGUGAUUUUCCAUGUGCAUUUCCAGGUCUUGCCAAAGACUAUGUCCCAGGCUUGUCAGUGGCAUACUACAACCAGAGAUUAAGAGCCUUCAAUUUAAUAAUAAUCAGUUAAAAUUUUAUUUCUCUUGUUUUGCAACAACAAAACACUGGUAUCCAGAGUUUGAAGUUGUUACCGCAUACAAGAGCUAUUACUUUGAACUAUUUUUAUAUUUUAACGUUUUUAAAUAUGAUGUUCCAUUUUAAUGUUAUUUAUUGAUGAAAAAAUUAGCAAGA